CUAUAAAUUUUAAAGAUUUUUAGUAAAAAUUAAUCUAAAUAAGAAAUGAAUUUAUCUGUAGCAAAUACAUUCAUGCUUUGUCCUGUUAAUAUGCUUAUAGAUUGAGUUUUUAUCCCUAUUACCACAUCUCAAAUGCUUCCUAUUAUUCAGGAGCCUCAACAGAUUCCUGAUAUCAGUGCUUAUUGUAAAUGAGGUCUGCUAAACACUGGAAGGUUUCUAACAAAGACUCAGACAAAUGCAAAUGUUGUUAAAAAGAAGCAAGAGCCUUGCUUACCAAGAACUAAACGAAUUAGGAGUUAUAAUGAAACAAAUACUGAAUCUUCAAACUCAGAAAUACAACUCAAGAAUGUCAGGCUUACUGAUUUGCCGAGGAAACAGAAGAGAAAAAAUAGAGUUUUCCAAAGACUUUCUUCCUUCGGAUCAGUCAAUGGCAAAAAGACCUACAUCUGAGGAACAAAGAAUGAGGAAAUAACUGCAAGCACUAUGACUAUUGAGCCAUUCUUCUUCAAGGAAGAGCAGCAACAACCAACUUCUCGUAUACAAAGAGACAGUUGAUGGAAAUGCUGGUUUCUGAAAGAAUUUGCUCAGAAUCUUAAAUAGCAUAUCGUAUGACCCGCUAGUGGAGAAUCUUCUUGGAGAUCUAAAACAAACAAGACACGACUUUCAAAGAUAAGUUACAACUGCAACAACCCCAUUUCCAUGACUAAUCUCCAGCACUUCUUUCCUUAACUCACGACUCAUCUAUCUA